CAUACAUUUGUAUGUAAAUAUACUUACAUAUCAGUCAUAAUGUACUUUCCCUGCCAAGCGCAAACAACCGUAAACAAAAGCAACAGAAGCAAAGGCACCAAUUACUACAUACACGUGGUACAGGCCGGCGUUGCGCCAUAUCCAGGCGCUCCGGCUGGCUACCCACCGGCCGGGGCACAGGUCGGCACCACCAACCCGGAUAGCCUCUCAAUGGCAGUGGCGGCCAUCAAAACUGAGUCCGUGUCACAAAUGAAGCCCGAAGGUGGAACUGCCGCUUCAGCUGCCGCAAAUGCAGCCACAUCGGCCGCUGCCAUACAGAUGUACAUGCAACAGAAGAAGACAAAUCUGCCAACGGCAUCAUCACAGUUCAACGGCUGCAACAACACAUCCAUCUCAGCGGCCACAGCAACAACUACGACGACAGCGGGUAUCGUGAAUUCGCCUCUGCUAGGCGGCGUUCCUGCGCAACAACACAAUGGCGGCCUUGGGAUCGCGCUUAGCAAUGGGCUGUCGGCCGCCGCCAUGAAUGGUCUUGAGCACAAACAUCAACAGCACCAGCACCAGCACCAGCUGCACCAGCAACAACAGUUGCAAAUGCUGCAGCAUCACCGAUCUCAUCCUCACUUCAGCCACCAAAUGCACCUGCAGCAGACACAACAGCAACCCCCGCAGUCACAGCCACUGACGCCGGCAACGACUCCGACUCCGACUCCGACUCUGACUCCGACGCCAAAUUUGACGCUGGCGUCUUCGCAGGCCCAGUCGCAGCCGCAGCCGCAACCGCAACCGCAACCGCAAAGUAUUGUUAUAGUGAGUGUUGUUGCUAUAAUAGCAAAGAAUCGCACAAGGCAUUGCUGUGCGCGCAUCGGCCAAGUGCCGCACUUGCCGCAGAUGAUGCCUUAUGCCACACCUGUCACCUGUCACACAUCCACGUACUAGUACGCAAGUUCUCUUUGCAUCCACGCUCGUGCUCAUGUAAACUAUUCGUAUUCGUACUUAGCUACUACUACUACUACUACUACAUACAUACAUAUAUAUAUAUGUAUAUAUAUAUACUAUAUAUAUG